AUGGCGUGUACGCUUAACCAUGCCCAAUUGGGUGAUAUCCAAGGCCUCAAGCUAGAUAAUCAAGGCGUAGUGCAAUAUCUGGGCAUUCAGUAUGCCACUCUAGCUCAUCGCUUUGCGGGUGCAGAGCUCAAAACCGAUGAUGGAGGAAAGAUUGAUGCGACAAGGAGAGGCCCGACUGUUGUUAGACCACCACUAGCAUGCGAUAUUGAGUUUGGCUUCAUUCAGAAGGCCCUUGACAAGCCCGAUGACCGCCCCAUGUCUGACCUGGACGGCUUGACUCUCGAUAUCACCGUCCCAGAAGCGGCCCUCAACGAGAACAAUGCAAAACUUCCCGUCCUUGUGUUCAUUCAUGGAGGUGCAUUCAUCAUAGGUGACAGCGGGGCUCCGCAUUAUGAAAUGGCCGCAAUCGUCGCAUACUCGCAGUCUAUCGGAAAGCCGAUCAUUGGAGUAUCUAUCAACUACCGACUUGGAGUUGCAGGAUUUCUGGACAGUAAUGAGCUUAGAUUCGCAGGUGUCGCUCCAAAUAGAGGCAUCCUCGAUCAAAAGACGGCAUUUCAAUGGGUUCGUCGGAAUAUUGGCGGAUUUUCAGGCGAUCCAACUCGCAUCACGGCUAUUGGCCAGAGCGCAGGCGGCUGCUCUGUUUUGCACCUCCUUGACUUGGACUUGCAAGAUGAAUCUCUUUUCGAUCGCGCCAUUUGCUUGAGCGGAAACAACUUGGCUGUUGCUUCGGCAACUAAGCGCGUUGCCCAAGAUGCAUAUAAAUCUGUGCUCCAGUGUCUGGGUAUAGACUCCACGUUGUCGAACGAGGGUCAGCUGAAAGCAUUGAUUGAAAUCUCUCCGGAGGACAUUCUAUCCAAGAUUCCCAUGUCAGUCCCGCUACAGCCUGUAGUUGAGAUAGACCAACUGCCGUCAUUCCGAUCAUUCGAGACUCACUUACGUUCAGCUCAACACAAGCCUCCUCUAAUGAUUGGCUCGACGGACUUUGAUGCAGUUGUCUUCGAAGUUCUAGGUUUGUUCGCAGAUCGAGAUCCCGGUUUGGCACAAGGUUUCGCCAGAUCCUUGAUCAAGGCCAUUCCUGAAGAACACCAUGCUAGGCUGAACAGCCUUCUCAGUCUCUAUGGAAUACCGGAAACAGAAAACGAUGAUGAAGCUCGCAUCAAGAUUCUCCAGUUCGGGACAGACCUCAAGUAUUUCGCUACAUCAAGACACUAUGCCAACCACUGGCCAUCUCAGUCGUGGCUCUAUUACUUUAACGAGUCGAAUCCAUGGGAUGGGCCACACAAAGGUCGCUCAUCUCACUGUCUUGACAUAGCAUAUCUCUUCCUGAACUUCAAUCACCUCAUGGAUGACUCCCAGAAGAAGACCGCAACGGACUUUGCUCGAGAUGUGAUUAGUUUCACAAACAUGGAGGAGCCUUGGGGUGAGUUCCAUGCUUCCAAAGAUCUGAGAGUAUAUGGAGCACAGGCAGAGAGCCAGGGAGCGGGAGAUAAGCUCAAGACUGUGGCCGGGCCAUCUAAGGAAGUACAACGUCUUUGGUCAGAGAUAGGUCUAGAUAAUCUUUCUCAGGCUUGGAGUGCAUACUCCGCAAGGUCGUAG